AUGGCCCAGUCUUCGCGGCCUCCAGAACUCAGCCAGGAGGUUUUUGAUACAUACAAUACGGAGCUACAAAGUGCAGCUCUGAAAGCGACGCGGAACGCUGCCUUCCUGCCUCAAGACCUCGCGUUCUAUCGUUCGCUUGACCGCGGCAUCGCGAAAGAGGUCGAUGCCUGCUCUUCGAAAGUCCUCUCUCUGGCAAAUCGGCUGCUAGACCUUGUGUCCACUGCGGACAAUGCGAAAUCAAAAUCCAAAGGGAAGGGGAAACUGGAGCACGAUGAUGUUACGGACAAUUUCCGUUCGUCCGUCGUGGAUGCGAUGGACCAGAAGACGAUAUCGCUCUCUGCACCGUGCAACACCUGA